GGAAGCCAUGCUGAUCGAAAGACUAAGCGGUAUGAAGUUCCUAAAUUACAGUGUCCUGCGCCUAAACCACAUGACUUAACUGGUGAGGAAAGGUUCUAUUUGAAAAAGAUGGCCCAGAAAGGGUCUAACUAUGUACCAGUUGGGAGAAGAGGAAUCUUUGGAGGUGUGAUUCUUAACAUGCAUAUGCAUUGGGAGAAACAUGAAACUGUCGAGGCCAUCUGCAAACCUUGUAAACCUGGUCAGGUACACGAGUACGCAAAUGAAAUUGCCAGGUUGAGUGGUGGAAUUCCAAUUCACAUAAUCGGAGAUGACACCAUAAUCUUUUACCGAGGAAAGAAUUAUGUGCAGCCAGAAGUUAUGUUGCCGAUUGAUACAUUGUCCAAGAAAAGGGCACUGGAAAAGUCAAAGUACAAGCAAUCACUCGAGUCCGUGAAACACUUCAUUUCGAUUGCUGAGAAGGAACUAGAACUAUAUUACAGACACGUUGCACUUUAUGGCAGCCCAAAUAGUCGGAGUCCCAACUCAAUUCUUGACAGUCCAAAAAGAGGCAAUGAGGAGCCAAAGAGAAUUGAACCUACCGUAGAAGGGAACCUUGACUCAACUAUUAGUGGAUUUUCCCCAGCUCUUUCAGAGGCAGAGAUUGAUUCCACAGAUCAUGAACUAUCUGAAACUGAAGAUGAUUUUCUAGAUGAAGACCCAUCUCUUGCGAAGAAAGGAGAAAAGUUUAUAGACCUUCCCUAUGUUGUCAAAGGAAUGGAUGUUUCGUUUAGUGGAAUACUGAGUUAUCUUGAAGCUACUGCUGAGGAAAAGCUACAAAAUAAUGAAUGCACCCCUGCAGAUUUGUGCUAUUCCCUUCAGGAAACUGUGUUUCCGAUGCUUGUGGAGAUUACAGAACGGGCAAUGGCACACUGUGACAAGAAAGAUGUUCUCAUUGUUGGUGGUGUGGGCUGCAAUGAGCGCUUGCAAGAGAUGAUGAGAAUCAUGUGCUCCGAGAGGGGUGGAAGGUUGUUUGCAACUGAUGACAGGUACUGUAUUGAUAAUGGGGCAAUGAUUGCGUAUACUGGUCUCCUAGCUUAUGCUAAUGGGAUGUCAACUCCGCUGGAGGAAUCGACAUUCACACAGCGGUUUAGAACUGAUGAAGUACUGGCAAUCUGGAGAGAAAAAAUGGAAUUGUCAAAUGGUCUCAUGGAAAAAAGUGUCUAAUUACCUAUAUGUUUCAAGGUAUGUGUUUUCUAUUCUUUUCCCAUCUUUUUUCGGCAAGAUCAUGGAUUAGUUGCUUCCUAAUUUAUAGAAGGUAUGAGGCCCUUCAGCAAAUGAUAAACAGGCAAGCUGUGGACAAUCCAUGGCCAAUUUAAUAUCUCAAGGCAAUUUGCUUUCUCUACCUAUCUGCAUGGAAGUCCCUGUGUAUCCAACCGGGCAAGCUUCUGCCCAUGAAAU